GACAGGACAAACCGCAUCUCAUGUUCUGUAUGAAGCAUGAUGUUAGGGGCGAGGAAAGACUGCUCAGAGGAGAGGUGCUCGCAAUCCUGGCUGCCAUGCGGAGCCGAAUGUCCUUUCAGCUUUUCAAGAAACAUUUGAUUAUACCGAUUAUGAUCUUCUCCUUCUUGGGCCAGUAUGGCAGAAUCAUUCAAGCCUACCACGACGGUCAGAACCUCGUGCUCUACAAGACUCAGCUAUUCCCAUUUUUCGACAGCCAAACAGCACCCAUGGACCUUUUCGUCAGGUACCUGGCAAAUCAUCCCGUCGGCAAUACAUCACAGCUUGCACCACAGCCACGAAGGGGCCAGAUCUCGCAAGCCCAUUUCCAACCACCUCCUUCCGCCGCCCCUGGACCGAGCAUGGGGCCAGAUCGCAAACUUAGAAACAGACGGUCAGGGAUGGACUGGUUUAAAGAUCAUCUUGGGCUUCACCGUGAAAGUGACGAAAGGCCCGAAGUGAAAGCCCCGCCGGGGUUAGUACCUGAGAAAAAGUGAUGUGCUUUAUCUCGUGCAUGGCCCAGGGAUAUCGGUCAGUUCGAAAGAGCACAAUGGCAAGGAGUUGAAUACCAUAUCAGGUGUAUUUCUCUGGUAUAUCAGGUAGCACAUAUAUCAGCAUUGGAAUAAUUAGGAGGAUUCGCUAUCAGGGAAGUUUAGAAAUAGUCUUUUGUAUUAGGAAUGCAC